GCUGUCUAUACGUUGUUGGCUAACGAUAACUGUUGCACGAAACUACAUAUAUCCUGCCAUUGUCUCCAAACAUAUUGAGGGCAGUCAACAGCACGUCUUCCUACAGACGAAGAUGGCCAACCGAUGGACCUUGACCGGCCAAAAAGGCUUCGAGACAUCUCUGAAAUACGAGGAGGGCGUCACAUUGCCGGUGGAGCUGGGACCUCACGACGUCUUGGUUGAGCUUCGGGCAGCCAGUCUCAACUUUCGCGAACUCGCCAUCGCGAAUAACGGCCCCGCAGGAACCAUCACGCCGAACGUCGUCCCCGGGUCCGACGGCGCGGGGAUAGUCAAAGCAGUAGGACCAUCCGUCACCGGCUUCCAACCGGGCGACCGCGUCGUCACGCACUUAACUCCCAACGUGGUCGACUCGGCGGGCGACGACGCCCCGGCAACGUUCUCGGACAUCGGCCGCGGGUUGGGCCAGACGGUGGACGGCACGCUGCGCACGGAGGGCGUGUUCGCGUCCCAUGCGCUCGUGCGGGCGCCGGAAUCGCUGGACUGCUGGUUGCGAACCGCUACGCUGACGUGCAGCGGGUUGACGGCGUGGAACGCGCUCUUCGGCCUCCGCGGGAGGGAGGUGCGGGCCGGCGACUGGGUUCUCGUGCAGGGAACGGGAGGGGUGAGUGUGGCGGCGCUGCAGUUUGCGGUGGCGGUGGGGGCGGAUGUGGUUGCUACGACGUCCACGGGGGGGAAGGCGGAGAGGUUGCGCGGGUUGGGGGCGAAACAUACGGUUGAUUACCGGACGAACCCGGACGGGUGGGGUGCGGAGGCGCGGGACCUGACGCCUGGAGGUAGGGGCUUCGAUUUCGUGGUCGAUAUUGGUGGGAACGCUACCCUUGCGCAAUCUCUGGCGGCGGUCCGGACGGAUGGGAUUGUGCUUGUGGUGGGAUUGGCUGGCGGGGAGGCGGAGCCGGUCCCUCUCCUGGGAGCGCUUUUGCACGCUUGCACGGCCAGGGGGUUGUUGUUGGGUAGCAGAAGGCAGUUCGAGGAUAUGGUGCGCUUUGUCGACGAGAAGGGCAUUGUCCCUGCUAUUGACGACGUUGUGUUCGAGCUACAUGAGGCUAAGGAGGCGUAUAAGAGGCUACAGGAGAAGAGACACUUCUCUAAGGUGGUCAUCAGAGUUGGUUGA